AUGGCACAAGCAUCUGCAACAGUUGCUGAUAAACAUGCAUUAAUUACACGUAAUCUUCAAGAAGUUCUUGGUAAUGAUCGUUUACAAAAAGUUUUGGAAGAACGAGAUCUUCGUGUUUAUUGGGGAACAGCAACAACAGGUCGACCACAUAUAGGUUAUUUUGUGCCCAUGACUAAAAUAGCUGAUUUUUUACAUGCUGGUUGUGAGGUAACAAUAUUAUUUGCUGAUCUUCAUGCAUAUUUAGAUAAUAUGAAAGCACCAUGGGAAUUAUUAGGUCAUCGUACCGUUUACUAUGAACAUGUAAUAAAAUCACUAUUAAAAUCUAUUGGUGUUCCACUUGAUAAAUUAAAAUUUGUUCGUGGAACUGAUUAUCAAUUAUCUCGGGAAUAUACACUUGAUGUUUAUCGUCUAUCUUCAGUUGUUACCGAACAUGAUGCUAAAAAAGCUGGUGCAGAAGUCGUUAAACAAGUUGCAUCACCAUUACUUAGUGGUUUACUCUAUCCCGGUCUUCAAGCUCUCGAUGAAGAAUAUUUAAAAGUUGAUGCACAAUUCGGUGGUGUUGAUCAACGGAAAAUUUUUACAUUUGCUGAAGAAAAUUUACCAAGUCUUGGUUAUGCUAAACGUAUACAUUUAAUGAAUCCAAUGGUACCUGGUUUAAAUGGUGAUAAAAUGAGUUCAAGUGUUGAAGAUAGUAAAAUUGAUUUACUUGAUACACUUGAUCAAGUUAAGAAGAAACUGAAAAAAGCCUUUUGUGAGCCAGGAAAUAUUGAAAAUAAUGGUAUACUUGCUUUUUGUAAGAGCGUUAUUUUUCCAUUACUUAAAGGCAAUGCUUUUGUAAUACCACGAGGAGCUGAUUAUGGUGGACCAAUGUCAAUUCAUGAUUAUAAAGAAUUAGAAGAAGGUUUUGCUAAACAGGAGGUACAUCCCGGUGAUUUAAAGAAUGCUGUUACAACAAGUAUUAAUCAAUUACUUGAACCAAUACGAAAAGAUUUCGAAACAGAAGAAAUGCAAAAAAUUAUAUUAAACGCCUAUCCACCACCAGCACCAGUUCAGAAAAAAGUAAAGCCAGUUAAACCAAAAGGACAACGACCAACUACAGCAACAACUGAAUCUGAACUAGUACAAAAUGUUACUGACAAACUUGUUAUUGAAAAUGGUGCAAGUUCAGAGUCGCAAGCCGCCGGUGAAAAAAAUUUACAGUCGAAAACAAAUCAAAAUGGGGAAAAUUAA